AGGACGUAUGCAUUUCGUUAAGGUCGGAGUUCGACCCAGUUCAGAGUAUUUUUUUUAUGAUUUUCCAAGUUAGCAUUGAGAGUAUAAGAUUUAAGAUUUAUGGAACCACAAAGCAAUAGUUAAACAUGGCGGGUCAGGUCAACUGCGGCUGAAGCCAAACAGAAAUACGGGCGAAAACUUUUGAAGAAGUAGGUGCGAUCUGUGAUGAAGGCGCAAGAUCGGCGAUUGACGGUGGUCCUGACCAUCGUAUGGUCGAUCACGAUCUUAUACGGAGAAAUGUUCGCGUAUUGGGUUCCUCUCUGUUCUUGUUCCUGGCCUUCUCCUCCUGUCAAUUCCACCCUCAUGGGUGGAGAAGGACGCGUUAAUCAUUAUUCAAAACUUGCUGUUCUUACAGAUCCACAGCUCAUGGAUAAAACCUCCCUUGGUGUUGCCCCGAAAUCACUAGCUUUGGAGACUGCUCAGUUCUACACUGAUUUGUACAUGCGCAGAGCGUUCUUUGCAUCUAUCCUGCCUUUCAAACCUGAUGUUAUUUUGUUUCUGGGGGAUUAUUUUGAUGGAGGCCCUUAUUUAUUAGAAGAAGAAUGGCAGGAAUCUUUAAGUCGUUUUAAGCAUAUCUUUGGUCUGAAUAUGCUAGAAAGGCAUAAAGAUACCCCAGUCUAUUACCUCUCUGGAAACCAUGAUAUUGGCUAUGCUGGUCUCAACUCUCGUAAUCCAAAGGUUAUAAGCCGCUAUGAAAAAGAGUUUGGGCCCAGAAACUUCCGUUUUAUAGCUGGAGAAGUGGAGUUCAUUGUGGUUGAUGCUCAAACUGUCGAUGGGCAAGGAGAUUCCGCGUCUGCAACUUGGGAUUUUGCCAAAAAUGUCAGCAGUGAUGUUCAAUUGCGUCCGAGGGUUUUGUUGACCCACAUUCCACUACAUCGGCGGGAUUGGACCUCUUGUGGCCCUAAUCGUUCUUCACCUGUCAUUAAUCAGAGGAUUACUCGUGCUGCUCAAAGUCAAGAAAUAGUCUACCAGAAUUAUAUCACGGAGGAAUCAUCAAAUCGCUUAUUGGAGUUGAUUAAACCUGUGCUCAUUCUAUCUGGUCAUGAUCAUGAUCAAUGUACGGUUAUCCAUGAGUUAAAAUCUGGGAUCAUCAAGGAGCAAACUGUAGGAACCUUAAGUUGGCAGAUGGGUAACUUGUAUCCAUCAUUUAUGUUAUUGUCUGUGAGUAACUCUGCAUUAGGAAAUACUUCUACUCCCGAAGAAGCUGUAAUCACUCAACUUUGCUUUCUUCCAAUGCAAAUGCACAUCUACAUAUGGUAUCUUUUGCUGUUUGUUUUGACCCUUCUUGCUAUCUUAUUUAAUGGCAUGGGUUUUUGGGAUCGCUUUACUGAUAUGAUAAGGAGUAGUAGGGAGUUAGUGAGCCACAACAUAUUUAGAGGUGGGACAAAGGAGAAAGAUGACGAUGAUGAUGGCGAAUAUGAGAUGAUCUGGGAUGCAGAAGGAUCUAUGCAUCUUGUCAAAAAAAAGGUGAAUGCUCCUGUCAAGCAUCCAGUGGAUAAGGGUUUUGUUGAAAGGGGAAAUGCUGUAGUCCGGCCAACUGCUAAGAAAAAUGUUAGUCAGGAGGUGGAGGUCUGUAUGAACAUAGACGAAGUUGCAGAUAUGGGCGUUGUUCCUGCGUUUAAACUACCACAUAGAACAACAAAAUCAAGGACAAAAAUCAUAAUCUACAGAUUGAUACGAGCAUUCCAAAUGCUUGCAGUCAUUGCUGCAGUAAAUGUUCCCAUCUACAUGAUGUUGCUAUUCAAAGAUUGGAUUGACCAGUGAUCAAAAUUGAAAUUAUGAUGUGACUCUGUUCACCACAUAAUUCAUGAAGGUGGCAGGCAGUGGUGUAAAGAAUCUUGUAUGGAUACGGUUGCCAAAAUCAGCACCCUGCUUAAGUUCAAGAAGGUAGAUCCCGUAAUAGUAAUUCAAAGGUUUUGCUUUGCAUUUCUGGAUUCCUAUACCCCUAUUGACGAUAGACAAGUUAUGUGAGCUAACAAAUGUGAGAAAGACGAAUCUGUUUCUUGGUCAUGUUGUAAGUUUAAGUUGUUUAACAUCUGAACACUACUAGCUUGAAUAUGCCAGCUUUACUGAGCUUGAACUAUUAGACAUUUUUGCUCACUGUGUGUGAACUAGUUAGUUUUGCUCUU